UGUGUGUGUGUGUGCGUGUGUGUGUGCUUGGGAUGACGGGAGUCACUAGGAACUGCUGCAGCACUUAGGUGAGCGUGCUAGAUAAAGAUUUUCAAUAACUUGUAUAGGAAAUGACUGCUGACUUAAAAGCAGUAACUUUAUGGACUUUAGGAUAUCAGAGUGGAUAACACAUAUUAGACAUACUGCAAUAUUAAAUCAGACAUCUCAGUUGUAUAACAGUUAGAAAACAGAUGUAUAGAAAUUAUGUUCCAAAAAUGUGUUUUGUGGAUUUUAUUAUAAAACCUUUCAAUCUGUUAUUAAUUUAUAAUCUCCAAGCCUAAAACAAGAUAACGCUGAGGACAUUUUGAGGGGUAUAUAGACUGAGUAGUACUCCAUGACUAGUAAAUUGGCCUUUAUGUGUCAAAUUGGUAGAAGUUACCUUUAAUACUCUCUGUUACAUUUUUUAUCUAGAAAGCUUCAGAAUUUAAUAGUGAACACUAUCCCUCACUGUUGCUUGAAAAAAAGCUUGAUCAUGAAUCACACCUCCCUUUCUCAUGUAUCAAAACAAAACUAAUCCAAUCUAUUAAAGUCUUCUUUGUCAUCCAAAUAGCUAUGCGAUGCUUCAGCUGCAUCCAGCUCCUAUCUGUGGAGAGGAAAUACAGCUAUAAAUAAGAGGCUCUAUCUAGUGGAGCUGGAGCCGAAGAAUGCUCUCACAUACCUCCAGCUGUGAUAUAACCUCACAGAACUGCCGUUUUACAUCAGUCUUUCUUACUUGACAGCCUGAAUCAAAAUAUUUCCUUUAUGGGCCAAGUACAAAAACUUCACGAAUGGUGUUCCCUGAGACCAGACCAUAUAUGAUAUUUUCUUUGGGAAACAUGUUGUAUGAAUGAAUAAUAACUUGAAUGUCCCUGCUGAGGUGAAAGUAUUACCUCAUAAGGUACAGUGUACAUCAAGUAAAAUAUAUGGUAAAGUGGGUGGCACAAAUAUGGAGCUCCUCUUUGCAAGCCAGUGACUCAGUAACCUCAGUGGCUGCUCAUUACUGACUCCGUUUCUCACCAUAACCCUACAAGGAGACAGCUGGGCCAAUCAGGACAGAGCACUGACGCUGACAGGCCACUCAGAAAGCCAGAUCAGAGACAGAUCCCGGCUGGUAUUACCAUCAGCUGUUCCACACGUUGAGGAGGCUCAGUGCGCAAACCAGCAGCGUGGUUCACAGACAUAUACAAGGUUUUCAUCUCCUUAACAAGACACCAGCGUCGCUGUCUUGACUGUGUCAUCAUAGUGGGCCUCCUAGGUGGCUGUGUGUGUAGUCAAGGGAUAUGAGAGGCGUGUCCCUACUUGCUGUAAAGUAGCACUUUAUGGAUCAGAAUAACUGAAAAUACAGUAUUUUAAAACACUGAUUACAUGAUAUUCUCACUAAGUCUUGGUUUUGAUAUGCAUGUAUAAUUUCAGGACAAUAAAGACAUUAACACAUGCAAGUACGCUGAAGGUAUAUUAUAUACAUUUCAUAAAGUUCAUGAAAUAUACACACAUAUUUGAAAUGCAGAUUACUCUUAAUGUUACUUUCAGAAACUGUGUUAAUAUAUAUGUUAUUAUAAUAUAUUAAAUAAUAAAAUAAAUGAUCAGAAUGGACACUUGAAUGGAUGCUUGAUCUGAUUAGGUCCCCCUCCUUCCUUUUUUGUUCAGACCUACCACAAGUACACCAUAAUGUUAUCUUUAUGAACUUUUUAUUCCCUACCAACAUUUAAUUUAAAGCCUGUCAGUCAAAUGAUUUCAUUAUAAAGCAGUCUCAUCCUUCUAUGUAAAACACACUUUCCUCGGGUUGUUGAUUUUAGCUGGCAGCUCUUAUUUGGACUUGUGUGAACUCUUAGCCCCACCCCUGGUCCCCAGACCUAGCCUGGGUCUUAUUUAAGGGGCUCCUCUCACCCUCAGCCUUUGUCCCAGUGGAAGCAUCCGUAUACAAGUGCACCUUGACCACCCCAGUAAAGCCUAAUCAUGUGUGACGACGAUGAGACUACCGCCCUCGUGUGCGACAACGGCUCUGGCUUGGUCAAGGCUGGAUUUGCCGGAGAUGACGCUCCCCGUGCUGUCUUCCCCUCCAUUGUUGGAAGGCCCCGCCACCAGGGUGUGAUGGUGGGUAUGGGUCAGAAGGACAGCUAUGUAGGUGAUGAGGCCCAGAGCAAGAGGGGUAUCCUGACCCUGAAGUACCCCAUCGAGCAUGGCAUCAUCACCAACUGGGAUGAUAUGGAGAAGAUCUGGCACCACACCUUUUACAAUGAGCUGCGUGUGGCCCCCGAGGAGCACCCCACCCUGCUCACUGAAGCCCCCCUGAACCCUAAGGCCAACAGGGAGAAGAUGACCCAGAUCAUGUUUGAGACCUUCAACGUUCCUGCCAUGUAUGUGGCCAUUCAGGCUGUGCUGUCCCUGUACGCCUCUGGCCGUACCACUGGUAUCGUGCUGGACUCUGGUGAUGGUGUGACCCACAAUGUGCCCAUCUAUGAGGGUUAUGCUCUGCCACACGCCAUCAUGCGUCUGGAUCUGGCCGGUCGUGACCUGACCGACUACCUGAUGAAGAUCCUGACUGAGCGUGGCUACUCUUUCGUCACAACUGCUGAGCGUGAGAUUGUGCGUGACAUCAAGGAAAAGCUGUGCUAUGUGGCUCUUGACUUCGAGAAUGAGAUGGCCACCGCUGCCUCUUCUUCCUCCCUGGAAAAGAGCUAUGAGCUGCCCGAUGGUCAGGUUAUCACCAUUGGUAAUGAGCGUUUCCGUUGCCCAGAGACCCUGUUCCAGCCCUCUUUCAUUGGCAUGGAGUCUGCUGGUAUCCAUGAGACCGCCUACAACAGCAUCAUGAAAUGUGAUAUUGACAUCCGUAAGGACCUUUAUGCCAACAAUGUGUUGUCUGGUGGUACCACCAUGUACCCUGGUAUUGCUGACCGUAUGCAGAAAGAGAUUACAGCUCUGGCCCCAAGCACCAUGAAGAUCAAGAUCAUUGCUCCACCUGAGAGGAAGUACUCCGUCUGGAUCGGUGGCUCCAUCCUGGCUUCCUUGUCCACCUUCCAGCAGAUGUGGAUCAGCAAGCAGGAAUACGAUGAGGCCGGCCCCUCCAUUGUCCACAGGAAAUGCUUCUAAACACACAACCAACCUCCUUUGUCCAUGCAUUUGUACGUUGUUGUCUCCUGUAUAUAUAUGUUUAUGUUCUGUUGUAAUAAAGAUAAGCCCUUG